CGGGAGCAGAGACGAGGAGAGCCCCGCGCCCCAGCGCUCCGCGCGCCCGGUCUCCGCCAAGCUCGCCCGGGGGCCGCCCGGAGCCUCGAUGAGCCCAGAUGGCUGGGGCUCAGCCCGGAGUGCACGCUUUGCAACUCAAGCCCGUGUGCGUGUCGGACAGCCUCAAGAAAGGCACCAAAUUCGUCAAGUGGGAUGAUGACUCUACUAUUGUUACACCAAUUAUUUUGAGGACUGACCCUCAGGGAUUUUUCUUUUACUGGACAGAUCAAAAUAAGGAGACGGAGCUGUUAGAUCUUAGUCUCGUCAAAGAUGCCAGGUGUGGGAAACAUGCCAAAGCUCCCAAGGACCCCAAAUUACGAGAGCUUCUGGAUGUUGGGAACAUCGGGCGCCUGGAGCAUCGCAUGAUCACCGUGGUGUAUGGCCCUGACCUCGUGAACAUCUCCCACUUGAAUCUCGUGGCUUUCCAAGAAGAAGUAGCCAAGGAAUGGACAAAUGAGGUCUUCAGUUUGGCAACAAACCUGCUGGCCCAAAACAUGUCCAGGGAUGCCUUUCUGGAAAAAGCAUACACAAAACUAAAACUACAAGUCACUCCAGAAGGGCGUAUCCCUCUCAAAAACAUAUAUCGCUUAUUUUCUGCCGACCGGAAGCGAGUUGAAACUGCAUUAGAGGCGUGUAGUCUUCCAUCUUCAAGGAACGAUUCAAUACCUCAAGAGGAUUUCACUCCAGAUGUGUACAGAGUUUUCCUGAACAAUCUUUGCCCCCGACCUGAAAUUGAUAACAUCUUUUCUGAAUUUGGUGCCAAAAGCAAACCAUACCUUACUGUUGACCAGAUGAUGGAUUUUAUCAACCUUAAGCAGCGAGAUCCCCGGCUAAAUGAAAUACUCUACCCACCUCUGAAACAAGAGCAAGUCCAAGUAUUGAUUGAAAAGUAUGAACCUAAUGAUAGUCUCGCCAAAAAAGGACAGAUAUCAGUGGAUGGAUUUAUGCGCUACCUGAGUGGAGAAGAAAAUGGAGUUGUUUCACCUGAGAAACUGGAUUUGAAUGAAGACAUGUCUCAGCCCCUCUCUCACUAUUUCAUUAAUUCCUCACACAAUACCUACCUCACAGCUGGUCAGCUGGCUGGAAACUCUUCCGUCGAGAUGUAUCGCCAAGUGCUUCUGUCUGGUUGUCGCUGUGUGGAGCUGGACUGCUGGAAAGGAAGGACUGCAGAAGAAGAGCCUGUCAUUACUCAUGGGUUCACCAUGACGACGGAGAUAUCCUUCAAGGAAGUGAUCGAAGCUAUUGCUGAGUGUGCAUUUAAGACUUCACCUUUUCCCAUUCUCUUGUCAUUUGAGAACCACGUUGAUUCCCCAAAGCAGCAAGCCAAGAUGGCAGAAUACUGCCGACUGAUCUUUGGGGACGCCCUUCUCAUGGAGCCACUGGAAAAAUACCCACUGGAAUCCGGAGUUCCUCUUCCAAGCCCGAUGGAUUUAAUGUACAAAAUUUUGGUAAAAAACAAGAAGAAAUCUCACAAGUCAUCAGAGGGCAGCGGCAAGAAGAAACUGUCGGAGCAGGCCUCCAACACGUGCAGCGAUUCCUCCAGUGUGUUUGAGCCCUCAUCUCCAGGAGCCGGGGAAGCUGAUACAGAGAGUGAUGAUGACGAUGAUGAUGAUGAUUGUAAAAAAUCUUCCAUGGAUGAGGGCACCGCUGGGAGUGAGGCCAUGGCCACAGAGGAGAUGUCUAACCUGGUGAACUAUAUUCAGCCAGUCAAGUUUGAGUCAUUUGAAAUUUCAAAAAAAAGAAACAAAAGUUUUGAAAUGUCUUCCUUUGUGGAAACCAAAGGGCUGGAACAGCUCACCAAGUCUCCGGUGGAAUUUGUCGAAUAUAACAAAAUGCAGCUCAGCAGGAUAUACCCAAAAGGCACCCGCGUGGAUUCAUCCAACUACAUGCCUCAGCUCUUCUGGAAUGCUGGCUGUCAGAUGGUUGCUCUGAAUUUCCAGACAGUGGACCUGGCUAUGCAGAUAAACAUGGGCAUGUAUGAGUACAAUGGGAAGAGUGGCUACAGACUGAAGCCGGAAUUCAUGAGGAGACCAGACAAGCACUUUGACCCAUUCACAGAAGGCAUCGUAGAUGGGAUAGUGGCCAACACGUUGUCAGUCAAAAUUAUUUCGGGUCAGUUUCUUUCCGACAAGAAAGUUGGGACGUACGUGGAAGUGGAUAUGUUUGGUUUGCCGGUGGACACAAGGAGAAAGGCAUUUAAGACCAAGACAUCCCAAGGAAAUGCUGUCAAUCCUGUCUGGGAAGAAGAACCAAUUGUGUUCAAAAAAGUAGUUCUCCCUUCCCUGGCCUGUUUGAGGAUAGCGGCUUAUGAAGAAGGAGGAAAAUUCAUUGGUCACCGGAUCUUGCCAGUGCAAGCCAUUAGGCCAGGCUAUCACUACAUCUGCCUGAGGAACGAGAGGAACCAGCCUCUGAUGCUGCCCGCUGUCUUUGUCUACAUAGAAGUGAAGGACUAUGUGCCAGAUACGUAUGCAGACGUGAUUGAAGCCUUGUCAAACCCAAUCCGAUAUGUGAACCUUAUGGAGCAGAGAGCUAAGCAACUGGCAGCCUUGACUCUGGAAGAUGAGGAAGAAGUGAAGAAGGAGGCUGAUCCUGGGGAAAUGCCAUCAGAGGCUCCAAAUGAAACCAGGACCACACCAGCAGAAAAUGGCGUGAAUCACACCACAUCCUUGACACCCAAGCCACCCUCCCAGGCACUACACAGCCAACCAGCUCCAGGUUCUGUAAAGGCACCUGCCAAAACAGAAGAUCUUAUUCAGAGUGUCUUAACAGAAGUGGAAGCACAGACUAUUGAAGAGCUAAAGCAACAGAAAUCAUUUGUAAAACUUCAAAAGAAGCACUACAAGGAAAUGAAAGACCUAGUAAAGAGACACCACAAGAAAACCACUGACCUAAUCAAAGAACACACUACAAAAUACAAUGAAAUUCAGAAUGACUACUUGAGAAGAAGAGCAACUUUGGAAAAGACUGCUAAAAAGGACAGCAAGAAAAAAUCUGAGCCCAGUAGCCCUGACCAUGGCUCCUCUGCCAUAGAACAAGACCUAGCUGCUCUGGAUGCAGAAAUGACCCAAAAGUUAAUAGACUUGAAAGACAAACAGCAACAGCAGCUGCUUAAUCUUCGGCAAGAACAGUAUUAUAGUGAAAAAUACCAGAAGCGGGAGCAUAUUAAGUUGCUUAUUCAGAAAUUGACAGAUGUUGCUGAAGAAUGUCAGAACAACCAAUUAAAGAAGCUCAAAGAAAUCUGUGAGAAAGAGAAGAAAGAAUUAAAGAAGAAAAUGGAUAAAAAGAGGCAGGAGAAGAUAACAGAAGCGAAAUCUAAAGACAAAAGCCAAAUGGAAGAGGAGAAGACAGAGAUGAUCCGAUCUUACAUCCAGGAGGUGGUGCAAUAUAUCAAGAGGUUAGAAGAAGCACAAAGUAAAAGGCAAGAAAAACUCGUGGAAAAACACAAAGAGAUUCGACAACAGAUCCUGGAUGAAAAGCCCAAGGGGGAAGGUUCCUCCUCAUCCCUGUCGGAAAGUUGCCAUGAGGAUCCCUCUAUCCCCCCCAACUUUACUCCCCCCAACCCUCAAGCUCUCAAGUGGUGACCACCGUCCUUCCGGCCAGCUGCAGACAGACUUGGAACAAGAAUACCAAGACAAGUUCAAAAGACUGCCCCUUGAGAUUCUGGAGUUUGUACAGGAAGCUAUGAAAGGAAAAAUCAGUGAGGACAGCAAUCAUGGCUCCGCCCCUCCCUCCUUGGCUUCCGACCCUGGAAAAAUGAACCACAAGCCUCCCUCCAGUGAGGAGGCGGAAGGAGAGGCCCCAGGAAGAGAGUUUGAUACUCCUCUGUGAUUGUUCCUGCCAAGGCCUUCAGGAUAUGCAUGACCACUCAAGCUUCAUUAGACUCUCUUACUAGAAUGAUCACUGCCUAGGACCAUCUUCCUGAGACGCAUCCUUUAGCCUGAAAUCCUCAUCAAAGGGAGAGUUCUGGAAGGAUCCAUGCAGAGGUCCUACACCCAGGCUCCAUGUGUCAUGUAGUAACUACUGCAGUGAAGAACGCACGUAUGUAGGAAUUUUUGUUUUGUUUGGUUGUUGUUGUUUCCUUUCUUUCCAAUAGUAAAUUCAAAGCAGGCAACUCCCAGGCUCCAUGGAACACUUAAUGAAGGACAGUGUCUCUUCUCUGAAGAAAUUCUGAACUCUUGUUUUUGUUUGAAGCUCUGUUGUAAAGUAUUUCAAAGUAACAGACAUAGAAAUGCAUAGCGCUAUUUAACACUAUGGAUCAUCCAACUUUGAGCUUUUUUUUCCCUAUCUGCCCCUCAACUCUAUAUUUUCAGGUUAAUAUGAAUAUUUCAUCCUUUGCUUUGCAAGCACUGGUGGCUUGCAGUUUGCUAAUUUAUUUACCUAUCAUAGACGCAUCAGUGUAUUUGUCGUUGAUAUGGCUUUACUAGCUACCGUAGUGACUCAAUUAGCUGGUUUUCUUUUUUUUUUAAGUUAAAAAAAUAGUAACUUGAUUAUGUCCUUGCCCCCCACCCCUAGUGAAGCCAUCCCAAGACACAGCAAUAUGGAUUGCACGUUUGGUUGCAUGAGCAAGUUGGCUGCAUGCUUUCAGGUGCAAUCUGAAUUGACUAUUUGCACUCAAAGUCUGGGUACACAUUGAUUGUUGGCCUGAAAUGAUCAAAUUGUUAGAAAUGAUCCAUUCUGUUGGAUUUUUUAAGAAAAGAACAUGCUGAUAUAUAUUAAGCAGAAAUUCAAUCAGGAUAAACAGGUCCUGAUGGUUCUUUUGCUAUCAGACAUUUUUAUGGUUCAUUUAUUUUUAAUAUAGAAAGAUUACAUAUUUAUCUAAACACACAGACCCAUGUACAAAUGCUAUGUUUUCUCCAUGUAUAUAGAUAUGCACUUAGCUAUGUAAGUACACACACGUGUGUAUGCACAAAUGUGGAUGUGUGUUCAUUAAUUGGCGAUGACUCAAAUCUCUUCCACUCAAAACCAAACCGAUAGAGAAGAAAAGGAUCAAGUAACUACAUUACAUCAAUGUUAAGUUAUAUGAAAAUUGUAAUAAAACAUUGAUGAAGCUAUGUAUGCAAUUUUAAGUAGAUUUAAGAUUUAUAAUAUGAAUCUGGUAGAUAUUUUAAGGAAUAAAAAUGAUUUUUAAAUAUCAGAUUCUAAGCUUGUUGCAAUGUUUGGAGUAG